UGUGUCAGGGAGCAGCUUCCACUUUGGGACAGACUUCGUUGUUGGUUUGAGGAGGUGUGCCGGGGUCGGGGGCAGCGGAGGAUGAGCAUCGCAGGAAAAUGACUUUCCGAAGAGUGAAAAAGUUGAGCCGUAAGGAGGACUACGGCAGCGCCGAGUGCACCGGGGCAGACAGUGAUAUUUACAAAAGCGGCGCUGAAACUUACAAAAGCGCCGCUGAAACUUAUAAGACCUCUGAACUUUACAAGACCCUCGCUUACUCCGGGGGCACGUUACCUCGCAGCCACAAGCAAAGGUCGUUGAUGAAAUGGAAAACGCUGACGGACUCUCCCGACCAUGAGAGGAGGAUUAUUACAUUAGAGAAACAAGAUGGUGAAGCCUUUGGAUUUGAAAUUCAGACAUAUGGACUGCAUCAUCGGGAUGAGAAGUCAAUGGAAAUGUGCACAUUUGUGUGUCGGGUCCGGGAGAACACACCAGCUGAGCUAGGAGGACUGAGACAAGGUGACACCAUCGCCAGCAUCAAUGGGACACUUGUGUCUGGAUUCCGUCAUCGAGACAUUGUGGAUCUCAUCAAGUCAUCAGGAAAUAUCCUGAGGCUGGAGACAGUGUAUGGAACCUCUAUCAGGCGGGCUGAGUUGGAAACCAGACUGCAGUAUCUGAAGCAAACACUGCAGGAGAAAUGGGAAGAGUACAGGUCCCUCAUGGUUCAGGAACAGAGACUGGUGCGCGGCAUUGUGUCAAAAGAUCCAAGUGUUUAUGACGCUUUCGAAUCGGUGACAGCGAGCCUUUGUGGCCAAACACACUACCUCAGCCCUUCCGCCCAGAGGCAGCCCGGCUCCGGUGGCAGUACCCGCAGCAGUGCCAUGGAGGGCGAUGAUGAGCCCAUUUAUCAGACUUGUAUCUUUGACCCGUUGGACAUGGGCAGUGACGACAGCCAUGGCAGCGAGGUGGUACUUGCCAAGAAGCUGCUGACAAGGAGUGUAAGCGCCAAGGCUGGCCAUAAUGGAGUCUCCUCUUCCACUUGGGAUAAAGGCAACAACCAGAGCGCCUUUGGAACGCUGCCGAGGAAGUCCAGGAGGAAAAGCUUGAGGAAGAGGCUGCUAAAGUAUAUCCCCGGACUCAACCGUUCUGUGGAAGAGGAAGAAAGCCAAUUGUAGGCCGAGGGGCAGCAGCUUUAUUUAUUGUGAUUCCCUGACUCUGCCGCUAAAAUCACAUGGAACAGCCAGCACCAGGAGGAUUACCAAGAGGCGAGGGUACCAAAGUGCUUUGACUGCAAGUCUUUGUAUAGUGAACAGCAGAUAGGUGGCACAGAACUGCCUGAGGAGCCAGUUGGACAAUAUUAACACCUUCAAAAAGCAAGCUUUCAGUUUUUGCACUGCCUUUGGGGAGGGGAGGGGUUUGUAAGAUUUAAGUAUAACUAUUUUGCACCUUUCAUAAGAACCAGUGUUGGGUGGGGAGGGGAGAGAACUGUUCCCUUCACUUGUGCCCGAAUAUAAGACAAUUGAUUUCCAAUUGUUACUCCCCUGCCAUCCCUUUAACUGCAAGGGAGAAAACUUUCCGAGCUACAGGGAAAGAACAGACUCAAAGGGCUGACCUACUCCUGCUCCCAUUUUCCAAAAACAGGGAAGGGUGGGACUAAUUGGACAGCUCCGCCAAAGAGAGAGUGCGGGUCUUGUGGGCUGCUGGCCUCUUGCUGUGCCAUGUCAUGCUGUGAUGCUAUCUCACCCAAAGGGACAGACUCCCGCCCAGGGCUAGGGGGGAGGGUGGGGCGCUUCCUCUGGUGCCAGAAGCUAUCUUGGUACCUUGCCUGGCAAGGCAUUCCUCAAGCUGCGGGCAUUGCCACCCAUGCACUAGGGCACUCAUCUAUCGAAGCAAACCAGUCCUGGUGAAACUGUUCGUGUUUUGUUUUUGUUUUGGCUGUAGUGCGGAGUUUAUUGUUCUUUGAGCCUGGCCACCAUUUUCUUCACAGCUCCAGGGCGUAGUAAGGCGAUUUGGUCCUGCGGGCUAUGACUGACGUUACUCCAGAGUCUCAGUCCCACCUUUGCCCAAAUUGAAUCUUUUCACACCCUCCACCUCAAACAGAGCAGCUGCAAGCCAUUCAGCCCCUUGAGUCUAUCCCAUCACAUUGAUCUGUUCAUGGGUUGAAUUCCACGUCCCUGCCUGACUGCAACUCCCUCACCCCCUCCACUCCCCGACAGCCAAAGUCAAAGUCAUGGGUCGACCAGACCAGGUAAGGAUGGCAGAUUUCCUUCUCCAAACAGUGAACCAGGUGGGGCUUCUCCAACAGUAACACAAUCAUCAUUAGUGAGGCCAGCUUUAUAUUCCAGUUCUAUUCACCCAGUUUAAAUUCCAGCAGUGCUGUGGUGGGAUUUGAAGUCAUAUUCCCCACAAAAGCCUUAACUGCAGCCUCUGGGUUUUGAAUCGAGUGACAGUGCCACACCCAAGAGAUGGACUUGUGUCUUUUCAUCAGAAUGGCUAUUGGCGGCAGUUUCAGAAAAACCCCAAAUGGCUCCCAAAAUGGUUUGCCAUGAAAUUAUCUUCCUAAGCUAGUCACCAGUCUAUGUUCCAGCCCCUGGCAACACAUUGUCCGUAGAGAGAGUUGACAGCGAGUUCAGUAUAUUACAGGCUAUUUCAGUUUAAUGGUGGUUCCCAUGCUAUCACAAGCAAUGGUACAUCUGCAAUAUUAACCAACCAUCAAACCUGUGCUGGCAUAAAUUUGUGCAGAUAAUCCACGUGGCAUGGCUUUUCAAGAGCAGCUUUUUCAAAUCUUGCACAGUGAUUUCCCAACUUUCAUCUGCUCUGAGCCCAUUUGCAGCCACUGUCAGCCUGUCAGCCCAAUGGAUGCCAGUCCCAUGGGGAGGAACUUCUCUAUACCCAGUUGGAUCCCAAAUACAGUCUCAAAGAGGGAGCAAGAGACAGUGAGAAACCUGGGUAUACUUAGCUUGCUGCCCCACAGCCUUGAUCUUUUUUUUGGAUCAAAUGAGUUGUUUUGGCUCAGACAGUGGGAUCAGGUGGGAUUCCAUGGAGAUCAUGGAUUGAAUACCUAAGGUCUUUUCCCAAGGGUAGGGGAAUAGAUUUAAGGUGAGAGGGGAAAGGAACCUGAGGGGCAACUCCUUCACACAGAGGGUGGUGUGUGUUUGGAAUGUGCUGCCAGAGGAAGUGGUGGAGGCUGGUACAGUUACAGCAUUUAAAAGGCAUCUGGAUGUGUACAUGAAUAGGAAAUGUCUGGAGAGAUAUGGGCCAAAUGCUGGCAAAUGGGACUAUUUGAAUUUAGUAUAUCUGGUCAGCCUGAACCAAAGGGUCUGUUUCCAUGCUGGAAAACUCUGAUUCUGUGAAUAAAAGCAAAGUCUUACCAGACCAUAGGACUGCUCUCUCAUUCGAGAGAGAGAGAGAGAGAGGCGGGGAGAUGGCUGGAGGUGGUUUAUCCUGAGGGUCACCACGCCUCAGGUGAGAAGGAGAGUCAUUCAUGCUAACCUCAGUAGGAAUAGAACCCAUGCUGCUGGCAUCACGCUGCCUUGCAAGCCUCCCACCCGAGCUAACAAGCCUCCCCUCCAUCGGAUAACAUCCCACGACUGGGAGCAGCUGGUACAGUCAUGGUAAGGGCUUGAGUACUGCAGGACUGAAGAGGUUAACAAAGUGUGGCCACCGAAUUGACCAGGUCAUUGUGCCUUAAAAUAGGUUUGUACUGACUGACAGUGCUGCUGUAUAAAUAGUUCUGCAGUCGUGCCUCUAUGCAGUGACCACAAAAGCCGACAGACACUAGCUAUGAGGAAAAGAAAUCUAUUACUGACAGGACAUGGUGUGGGAACUGUCUGCUUUCAGACUCCAAUCUUUCACAAGUUGAAAUGUAGUCAAGGCAGGAAGCAUGUGGAGGGGAGGGGGUGGGGAGAGCGGCUGUUGGGGAGGAUGUCUACAUCAGAUGCGAUAGGCUAAAAUCAGAAAGCUGGUGAUGCAAAGGAAGCCUGUCAGUAACCUGAAACAAUAGGUUGGCUGAAGGAUGGCUGCGUCCUGCUUCGGACUGCAACUCAUCUAAUUAAGAUUAGGUUUGCACUUUAUCAUGAAUGCUAAGGCCUGAAGGCUAGGCCUUGGACCAGCUGCCAUAGGCAAUCGAUCUUUGUUUAACCUUUGCCUGAUGGUGUAUAACACCUGGCGGUAACUGAGGAAUUCAGCAAGUGUUGAGUGAAGGGUGAUACUCAGAGUUUGGAUUUUGGCAACAAUUGGUGUUAAAGCUCCCAAUUUUUGUGCCUUUUUAAGGUCAGACAGGAGCUAAUUUUUUGUAAUGUCAAGCAAACUACCUGCCUCCAAAUUUCCAAACAAAACUCUUCGGUGCGUAAGGAGCCAGAGUAACCCAUUACAGACAUGAUGUUACGGCUGUACAAGGCAUUGGUGAGCCUACAUUUGGAAUUUUGAAUACAAUUCUGGUCACCCUGCUGUAGGAAGGUUGUAAUUCAACUUGAAAGGGUGCAGAAAAGAUUUACAAGGAUGUUACCAGGACUGGAAGGUUUGGGUUAUAAGGAGAGGCUGGAUCGGCUGGGAGUUUUUCCCCCCAGGGUGUGGGAGGCUGGGAGGUGACCUUAUAGAGGUUUAUAAAAUCAUGAGAAGCAUAGAUAGGGUGAACAGACAAAAUAUUUUCCCCAGGGUAGGGGAGUGCAAAACUAGAGGGGCAUGGGUUUAAGGUGAGAGGGGAAAGAAUUCAAAGGGGCCUGAGGGGCAACUUUUUCACACAAAGGGUGGUGCAUGUAUGGAAUGAGCUGCCAGAGGAAGUGGUGGAGGCUGGGACAGUUACAACAUUUAAAAGCAUCUGGAUGGGGACAUGAAUAGGAAGGGUUUUGAGGGACAUGGGCCAAACACUGGCAAAUGGGACUAGUUCAGUUUAGGAAAUCUGGUCAGCAUGGAUGAGUUGGGCCAAAGGGCCUGUUUCCGUGCUGCAUGACUCUAACACAUCAGCCAAGUAGAUAUUAUCAUUAUUACCCAAAUGGCUCAAACACCAGCAUUGUUUCUUCUGAGAUUGAAAGAUGAAUUCAAAACCCAUCCUUGGGACAAAACAGAGGCUGACACUCGUAGUUUCAGUAUUGAGGGAGUUCUGCAUUAGCAGAGGUGCUUUUGUUGACCCUCCCCGUGAACACAUAGGCUCCCGUGAUUUUAAUCGGGAAGAAGAGCAGGGGGGUUCUCCCCAGUGCACCUCCGGAGCUGAUCAGCUGCUAAAACUGUCGCUGUUGCUGCUGUUUUUGAUGUGCAAAUUGGAUGCUGGUUUUCCUGCAUGAUAUCAGGAGCUCUGCUUCCAAAGUACUUCAUUGGCUGUGAUGCACAUUAGGACGUGUCUUGAAGUCAUGAGACGCAAUAUGUAAAUACAAGUCCCUUAUUAUUGGCUUGGCUAAGUUCAGACAGUAAGAAACAGUUGUGUUUGCCCAGCCAACUCUUUUGCGCCAGAUUGCACUCGACAGAAUUGGGAUGCAAGAAGCAGACUUCAGUUUAAAAAAAACUUCAGAGAACAUUGGAACUGCAGCAAGGACAGUUGAUUGUCAACCUUCAUUCUUAGACCAGGCAGAUAGAUUCUGAUUGGUUGGGAGAAGAAAUUCAUACAAACAUUGUACCUUUUGCAAAAGAAGGAGGUCAUGGAGACAGCCAGACUCUGCUGCAUCCCCAUGGAAACCCCCUGACCAAUCCGAAUCUCCUUGCCUGGUCGGAGACUGAAGAUUGACAAUUAAUUGUUCUUGCUGCAUUGCCAAUGGAGACCCAACCAAUCAACACCCCCAUCUCAUUGCUGUCUAAAGUGGUGUCUCUUUUACUCAAUCUUGCUUCGUGAGUCCUAGUUCAGUGCAAAAUAACUAGUUUCUAGUCUCCUUUAAGCAAUGUCCACGUGUUCUCAUUCCCUUUGCUGUGCUUGCUUUUAGUCUAUUUUUUCGAAUUCUGAAUACCAAGGACACCGGUUAGCACCUCUGCCUAGUGCUGGGGCUGAACAUUGAGCUUCAUAGACAAUGACCAAAACCAGAAUGGUUCCCAACAGCUGAAAUGUGUGGAUACCUCCACACGUGCUACAGACCAUGAUUAUCAGUGGCGUGGCAUUUAGCUCCAUCUGCACAAGCUUGAUCCCACCCCUCUUCAUCUCAGCCCUUUUUACCAUCGUGUUUAUUUCCCUUCCUCUUAGAAUGGAUGCAUGUUAUUCACCUCUACCACUCAUAGUAGUAGUGAAUCCCCCUUUUCAGAUUGUUCUCUGAGAAAGAGCAUACUCCUGAAUUUCUCAUUGGAUUUCGGGUUGACUAGCUCACAUUCAAUUCUUGAACUGCACUGCAAGUGGAAACAAUACCCCGUGAUACAGUCUCAUGUCCAAAUUGAAACAAAAGAAGUGACGCGAUUGCAAGAUGUAACCUCUCACGCAUUCUGGUGUAGACCAUGUACUAUGUUCAGCUUUGAACAUCUUGAGGCAGGUAUCAUUAAAGCAAAUACUGCCAUAGUCCUGCUCUCGCAUUAGAGAGAGGCGACUGGUGGUGGUUUAACCUAAAGGUCACCACACCUCAGGCAAGCAGAGAGGUUGAGGAAGAGAGACCUUCAUAGUAAUCUCAGUCAGUGCAGGAGUUGAACCCAUGCUGUCAGCAUCACUGUGCAUUCCAAACCAGCUGUCCAGCCAACUGAGCAGUGCUUGAGCCAGUUUCACUGCAUUACAAAGCGAUGCUGCUUGUGGGGAGAUAGUCAGUUUUCCCUUAGCAGGAGGCAUUUGUUGGGAGCUUGCCAUUGCAUUAUUGUCAUACAAACUAAAUGUAGCCAGCUUUUAAGCCUGACAUUACUUUAGCAACACUUCAAGCGUUGUGCCUUCAAAGAAGAAAACAAAGAUAGAAGCUGGCUGUGGUUCAGUUUCAGGGAGGUACCUUUUGUGUUCAGUCAAAAGUUGACAGUUUUAUGCUACAUGUGGAAAUUGGGUCAUGUGGAACCAAGGUGGCUCGAUGGCUUUGAGAUAAAGAUCAGUUGAGAUGAAAUUGAAUGGCAGAACAGGCUUUAUUGAACAAAGUGACUGCCUGUUCCAAAGAGCUUUAGAAAUUCUUUGUAUCAUUAGGAAGUAAUAUCUUAUGCCAGAUGGAGAUGCACAAUGGAAUGGCAAUUUUAUCAUUGACAGAAAAAGGAUCAUCUUGAUUUUUAUGUUACAUGUUUAAUGACAUAGGAAGAUAUUCUUAAGCUAAAUUGUGUUCAGGCAUUUAGUUAUGACAUGCUGGAGCAUAAUACUACUACCCUGAGUUCUUAGGGACCUAAAGCAAUUGCCAGUUGAGCUGUGAAGCCAGUGAGGUAGUUUGGGUCAGAGCUAAAUUUGUCUGGGCCUUUUUUCUUUCAGGUGGCUAUGGCAGCCUUCUGAAAUGAACAUAUUCACUUCCCGAUUACAUUCAUUUCUGACUUAGGCUCCUCAAUCCAUUGGCAAGUUCUGCAUCUUGAGCAUUGCCAGCUGAAAUUCUUAAGGUUGUGGUGCUUCUUGUGCUCCUGAUUUGUUCAGAUUCCACCACCCCACUGCUCUGACACUCCAUUACUGAGCCCGACUGAAGUCCCAUCUGGCUGAGGAUUCACCCCUAGUGUUGCCAAGAGAUAGUGCAUGUCAGUUAGUCAUAGACCAGUCAUUAGCUGUUUAGAGAUAAUGCUACAAAUCCUUAAACAUGUUCAUAUCCAUCUCUUUGCCUUCUAUCUUACUACCAGAGAAAGGAAUUUAAUCCAAAUAUGUUAAGGACUUGUACAAUAACUGCACAGCAUGACUUCUAGGUUCCAGCUUGUAGCUUGUCUCAUCUAAAAUCAUUGUCCUGUUUAUUUAAAUAUACACCGAGUCACUAUUGUCUCCAUGCAAGUUCUUGGUUACAUGUAAUAUUUUGUAAAUAUCCUUCUUCUCUCAAUGUCUAAUGUUUUACUAAUAUUUAUUUUAAUAUUGUAUUUUGUGAUGUUCUGUGUCAUAAUAAAUUUUCUGAAAAACAUU